CGUGACCCGGGCAUUAGUCCAGCAGGGACUGAAGGUGGUGGGUUGUGCCCGCACCGUUGGCAACAUCGAGGAGCUGGCUGCUGAAUGUAAGAGUGCAGGCUACCCCGGGACUUUGAUCCCCUACAGAUGUGACCUGUCAAAUGAGGAGGACAUCCUCUCCAUGUUCUCGGCUGUCCGCUCUCAGCACAGUGGCGUGGAUAUCUGCAUCAACAAUGCCGGCAUGGCCCGGCCUGACACCCUGCUCUCAGGCAGCACCAGCGGUUGGAAGGACAUGUUCAAUGUGAACGUACUGGCCCUCAGCAUCUGCACUCGGGAAGCUUAUCAGUCCAUGAAGGAGCGGAAUGUGGAUGACGGACAUAUCAUUAACAUCAACAGCAUGUGUGGCCACCGAGUCCCACCCCAGUCUAUCAUCCAUUUCUAUAGUGCGACCAAGUAUGCCGUCACUGCACUGACAGAGGGACUAAGGCAAGAGCUUCUGGAGGCCCAGUCCCAUAUCCGGGCCACGUGUAUCUCUCCAGGCUUGGUGGAGACACGGUUUGCCUUCAAACUCCAUGACAAGGACCCUGAGAGAGCCGCUGCCACCUAUGAAGACAUAAAGUGUCUCAAACCGGAGGAUGUGGCUGAGGCUGUCAUCUAUGUUCUCAGCACCCCCCCACAUGUUCAGGUUGGAGACAUCCAGAUGAGGCCCACAGAGCAGGUGACCUAGUGUUCUGUGGGGAGCUCCUGCCUUCCCACCCUUCAUGGCUGGCCUCCCGCCUCUGGAUUUUAGGUGUUGAUUUUUUGGACCCUGGAUCUUACUUUCCUUAUCCACUCCACUAGGGAUAGAAAAUUUGCCAAAUUAUUUCCAUUAUACAUGUGAAAAGAAAUGGGCUGGGGAGAGAAGGCAUGGUCAUGACUGUUUUAUCUGCUGACGUGUUUGUUCUGAGUGCCCCUCUUGGGGCUCCUUAGCCUUUAUUCUCCUCAACCUCUUCCUUUUGACCUAGGCAAGGGGAUGUGGCCAAAAGGGGUUUAUCUUCUUGCACCCUAUCCUUUUCUCUGCCCCUUGGGGUUGGGGUAGAGACAGAACCUCAUCUUUUACCUGUAUAGUUCUACCCAGGGCUCCAGGCUCCCUUCCCAGUCCCCCACCUCUCCAGUCCAAUUUUGGCUCUUAUCCUGGGGUCACCACUGCACUCUGACCAUGGCUACAGAAUACCAGGGCCUGUCCCAGCUUACAUUUCACUGUAACAAUUAAAGAGAAAGAUCGCAACCUA